GGCUACUAUAGUUGACUGUUGCAGUGUUUGAGUUUCUUAUGUGAAGUUUUCAGAAUGUCCUCGAUGUAAUGGUGUAAUACGGGAACAGGAACGCAAAGAAAACGCACUUGUCGAACUGGAUAGCAGUUGGAUGAAUAUCAUACCUACUGAUUAUGAUAAUUACGCGCCUCCACUUGUUGAUGGUAAACCUGUUACUAUUUAUAUCAAUUUGGAAAUCAUGGAUGUGGAUGAAAUACGAGAGCAGACAAUGGACUUUCGUAUGUUCUUCUAUUUGAAUGCGUAUUGGACAGAUCCUAGAUUGAAACUCGAAGUUCUUAAUUUAACACUGUCAAAGAUACUUCCUCCUUCCGCAGAUGACACUCUGUGGGUUCCGGAUUUGAUGUUUGACAACACUAAAUGGGUAAAAAAUACUGCGGAAAAGGUACGCCUGGAAUGGUGUGAUGUUGAUGAUAGUCCAUGUAAGUACUUAGGACCAAGUAUUGCACUAAUGGAAGACAUUCAACCAUUGAAACACGAGAUGAAGUUACCCAAACCUCGUAGCAAAAUCGAAGUUUGGACGACUGGAAAGUUUUGUAAUUACAGUUAUCUGUAUGCGAAAUUUACUUUUAUUCGGCGAUUAACUGGUAGUAUACUCAACGUUUAUUUGCCAAGUACUGUAGUAGUAACCCUGUCCUGGCUAUCAUUCUGGUUAGAUGUGAAUGCAGUUCCCGCUCGUGUUACGCUCGGUGUUACCUCACUUCUUACCAUCAUCACUCAAAUGCUGCAGUCUAGAUCGUACACUCCGCCAGUGGACUAUAUAAAAGCUGUGGAUAUUUGGUUGUUCGCUUGUAUGUUUUUCGUCACAGCUUCGUUGAUAGAAUACGCAUUUGCUCACAACUCUAUGGAAUUUAAAGAAAAACGUAAUUCCCCGCCUCCAGUUAAGAAAAAUGAAAAAUGGGCAGAAAACCGUAAAAAUUCUAAAGAGAAAAUUGAAAAAGUGAAAGGAAAACGUUGUGGUAUUUGGAAAAUUUUCAAGAUGCAAACCACCCUAAAUGCUCCUGAUUAUUACUCUCGAAUCUUAUUUCCGACGGCUUUUUUAUUCCUUUCUUCCUAUUAUUGGUGGCAUUAUUUAAGUUUCCGCAGAAAAAUAUUAAACGAUUGAAAUCGUAGUUUUCAUUGACGUAUCAGUAACGAUUUCAAACUGUUCUAAUAAUUUAUGAUUCUUGAAUUGCCAUUCUUUAUAAUAAUCCUUGUAUAAUUAAGUACAGAUCUUAAGAGAAAUGUUUUCCACGAGUCACCUCCCAACUAUUCAAAUGAUAUGUUCGUGCAAUUUCUAGCGGAUUAUUCAAUUUUUUCACGCAUCUUGCAAGAUCACGUGGAUCAUAGCCUAACAUGUCUGUGAUUCUAGACUUUAAAUGAGUAAAUGAUGUUCAUAAAUGAGAUCCUUUAAGUGAUCCCAAUUUCCAGCAUUGUGAGAUUGAAACAACACGCAGACCAUUAUGCAAAUCCAAGUUAUUCAGAAAACUGUACCUGGAAAUAUGUCUUCAUGUGAUGAGUAGCGUAUUUCUCUUGUGUCGACAUUGUCUUGAAAUAGAAAAUCUCAUUGCAUUACAAUUUACCCAUGGUGCAUGACUUUAUGAAUACUUUGUAGAAAUUUUAUAUUGAUAAAAGCGAGGAAAAAAAGAUGAAUUUAUAAUUUGGAAGAAACCGAGUUUGAAUUCCUUUCGAAUCUUAAUCUUUAUGGCAAGUUCGGCCAUUAACCAUUAUCGAUCUCAUUUCCAUUCAUACCUGCCAACUUCAUAAAAAAAUUGUGAUCAAAUUGCACUGGUAUCUCGCAUAAACAAAGUAAAACAAUGAAAAUUAGGAUGAAAAUGAUGUAUAUGGGCUUAUAAA